CAGCCGGCGGUGGCCAAACCGCCGCGCUUGCUGGAGAGGAAGCGCCGCGCCGGCGAAUGCUGGGGGCUGGAGACGGCCAGCGCCGCGUCCAAGGCGAGCGUGCUCAAAUGGCUGCAGACAAGCGUGGAGACGGGCGUGGCGCCGGGCACCGUGGCGGAGGUUGAGCGGGCCUGCCGCCGCGAGGGCUGUAAGGCGUCGCUGACGGAGGCCGCGCGGGGGUGGAUCGGCGCAGUGGUCUCGGGCGGAUUCCCGGCGCUCUCGGUCCACCUGGUCGCGGGCGCGUCGGGGCUCGACUCGGAGAGCGUGCUCAUCUUGGCGCAGGUGGGCCAGUGCCGCGCGGAGGUGCGCCUUCCGUUUGUCAUCGGUGGCGACUGGAAUUGCAGCCCCGAGGCCCUGGAGACUUGGGGCUGGCCGGGCAGGGCGGGCGGCAUGGCGCGAGGCGCGAGGCGGAAGAUGGCGGGCCUGGCGCCUCGCUGCUCCGCGCGGCUCACCGUCGCGGGCGCCGAGAGCCGGGGGCAGGCGCUGGCGCGCAAU